UUCCCACAAUCCUGCCCACAUUCUUCCACCCAUCGCGCGAAGUACUGGAAACGGGGAGUGAAAAAAACCAUCCCGUGCUGUGUUUGUUUUGUUUUUCUUUUCUUUCUUUUUAAUUUUUCGUAAAUGUUCCGUAACUAACGACCAUCGUAUAUAUUAUAGCUUAAUACACUUAGGAAUAAGGAAACGUUCUUAAAAACCGUUACUGGCGAAGGCAACAUAGAAAAUUGUCUUUGUAACUAGAGCAGCUACUCAGACUUGUUACCCUGGAAAACAUCGACGUAGGUGGACCAGGCAGGACUUAGGGUUAAACUGAUAUAACGUUUGGUUUGCAUUUACACGAUGUAUUUGUUUUGAGAAAAAAAUACUGAAAGAGCGAGCUUUCGUGGGAGCUGUGGUUGUCGCUUCGGUGUACGCUUUAAUCUGUUGUAAAGAUGGGAUCCAUUCUCAGCCGAAGAAUUGCUGGCGUUGAGGACAUCGAUAUCCAAGCAAAUUCAGCCUACAGAUAUCCUCCAAAAUCUGGAAACUAUUUUGCCAGUCACUUUUUUAUGGGUGGGGAGAAGUUCGACACCCCGCAUCCUGAGGGAUACCUGUUUGGGGAAAACAUGGACCUGAACUUCCUUGGCAACAGACCUGUGCAGUUUCCUUAUGUGACCCCAGCUCCACACGAAGCUGUGAAGACAUUGAGAAGCCUGGUGAACAUCAGGAAGGACUCUCUACGACUCGUCAGGUAUAAGGAUGAUUCGGACAGUCCUACGGAGGACGGGGGGAGGCCCCGAGUGGUAUAUAGCGUGGAGUUUACAUUUGAUGCGGAUGCCCGGGUGGCCAUCACCCUGUAUUGCCAGGCCUUUGAGGAGUUCACCAACGGCAUGGCCAUCUAUACUCCCAAGAAUCCCAUGAUGGUGUCAGAAACAGUACACUACAAACGAGGAGUGAGCCAGCAGUUCUCACUCCCGUCCUUCAAAAUCGAUUUCACCGAGUGGAAAGAGGAAGAGCUCAGCUUUGAUUUGGACAGAGGAGUCUUUCCAAUGGUGAUUCAGGCUGUCGUGGAUGACGGCGAUGAAGUUUCUGGACAUGCACAUGUGCUGCUGGCUGCCUUUGAAAGACAUGUAGAUGGCAGUUUCUCUGUGAAGCCAUUGAAGCAGAAGCAGAUCGUGGAUCGAGUCAGCUACCUGUUACAGGAGAUCUAUGGUAUCGAGAACAAGAACAACCAAGAGACCAAGCCAACAGAUGAUGAGAACAGCGACAAUAGCAACGAGUGCGUUGUCUGCCUCUCGGACCUGCGCGACACGCUUAUUCUGCCUUGCAGGCACCUAUGCCUGUGCAACUCGUGCGCAGACACACUGCGCUACCAGGCCAACAACUGCCCCAUAUGCCGACUGCCUUUCCGGGCCCUGCUCCAGAUCCGUGCUGUUAGGAAGAAGCCCGGGGCGCUGUCUCCUGUGUCCUUCAGCCCGGUCUUAGCGCAGACCAUGGAGCACGAUGAGCAUUCGAAUUCGGACAACGUCCCGCCCGGUUUUGAGCCCAUCUCCCUCCUGGAGGCGCUCAAUGGCCUGCGCUCCAUUUCUCCCAGCAUCCCCUUGGUCCCCCUCUAUGACGACAUCCAUUUCUCCAGCGGGCUUGGGGAUCCCUUACCGCUGUCGGGUCGGCCGCUUGGAUCGGUGGAGCGCUCCGGAGAUGCGGGACGAGGUCAGAAGGGCAAGGUCAGCAAGUCACCUGACAGCAGCACCCUGAGGUCCCCAUCGUCGCCCAUUCAGGAGGAGGAUGAGGAGAAGCUGUCUGAGGUAUCUGACAGCCAGCCUCACGCCCUGCUCUCCAGCAGUCCCGCCUCCACCGAGGCCAUUGCUGCCGAGGAAGGCCCUGGGUCUGUCACUCCUGAUGAAGAAGAUCGACUUCACUCUAUGGGUGAGAUCUUUCAUGACAGCAGCAGUGAGCACAGCCGUCUAACAAAGACCGAGAGUGACCCACCCGUGGAGCUGUCCCUACCAGCCCCAGUUCCUGACUCCUGCCGUGUUCCUAUUGAGAAAUAACACCGGCUCGUCAGAGUCUACGGAAAGUCUGAAGAGCCAGAGCACCAACAGCUCUAGCCAGCCUCUCCUGUGCCCCCCCAGCAGUCUGCACAUUGAGGAUGAGCAGCUCAUCCCCUAGCGCUGGGCGUGUUCUCUAGACCCCUGUUGCCCUGUCCCAAGACCUGCCUGGUCUAGCUGUCAUCCACCUUCUCUGUCCUUAUUGUCGUCCGUUUGUCCGAUGGAUCGCGCCUGGUUGCAUUCAACCUUGGGAUGACUAGUGCCAAUCAGCACUUGUACAAAUGUCGUCAUCACCUACCAUGUCUUCAGUGUCCUAGCCUUUAUGUGUCGGUGGAAAAACUGCAAACUCCAGGAAUCACCCCUCUCACCUAUGAAGAGCAGCUACGCUACCUUUUAGUGCAAAACCAAUGCACUCGAAACAGGCACUUUUCCCCAGUCAGCUCCAACCAGAGGCCCCGUUGCCGGCACUCGGCCAAUCUGUGCCAGUGGCAGACUGGACUGUUCUACCAGACAGCAGAGAUCACAACUGAAAAUGGCACAGGACUGUCCAUACCUGGUAGCACAAACACACAUCUGAAUUGCCAUUUUGAUAAAUCUGAUUUCGCUCCUCAUCAAACUGAUUUUAAUGGCUGAAAAUGAUCACGCUGAUAACCUCCCAAGGUUAUGUGGUUGACCCAUGACCUUACUUUUAGGGAAAUUAAAUAUUUUUUUGUCGCACAUGAAUUAUACUAAUGUCCAGGGUGCCUUGAGAACGUAACCCCCAACACUUGAACGGGGAAAGGUGGAAGAUUCACAUGUAGUGAUGUCACCCUAAAUCAUCAUUAUUCACAGUGACUAAAUCAGAAACCGUGUAUUCCAGUGGUUUGCACUGCUGGUGAAAUACCCCCUGCAUGCUGGCUGUCAGUGCAAAUCGUUAUCUUAGAAGAGAAACUACAAUCAUAUAUGUCUGUGGUCAUUAUGCUCAUGUCUCCCCGCGUUUCCCUGCUCUGUCUGGCCAACAUUGCAUCCUCGCAUGUGACUAGGCCACUGAAAGGUCAGGCUUACCAAAGGUUGUUGGUCAGGAGCUGUUUUCUCUGUGUUCAAAGCUCAAAAUCUAAGAAAUCAUUUCAAAUACUUGGAUCUAAGCAUCGUUUCACUAAAUAAUAGUAUUUUUCAAUCAAGCUUUUAUUCUUUGUUUUAUAUUGCUGAUUUUAGCUGAAGAUUUAUAUAUGCAUACACUUGUAUAUUUUACUUGCUAACUAGCAAAGCAGAUUUUAACAAGUCUGCUAUCCUGUAUGCAUGUUUUAGCUUGAGGGAUAGCUAUAAUUUAAAUACCCUAUUACCUUUUUCAUACCUAGUGCAUUUGUAAAUUAAAAAUAAAGGUUUCUUGCAUACAUAUAUUUUUUGAUUCACUUAUGUAAACAGCAUUGUCAUACAAGUACAAUUUAACAAUGCUGUCUUCUAUACAGGAAUUACAGUAUAAUCUUCAGUAGUGACUUUGUAAAGCACAAAAAUAUGUAACUUUUUCCUCAUAGAAAAUGAUGCACCCUGAUGCAGUAAGCAGUGGAUUUUGUUAAUGCGACCCAGAAAUCGCACAUUUUGCUGUAUGUUCCUUUACGGUCACACUCUGGCAUGGCUGCCUGGCAGAAAUUAUAGGCUUUGUUUUUUUUUCCCUUUUAAAAAUAAAAUCUCUACUCUAAAGUAUCCAGAACUUACACAUUUGAGUUGCUUUGAAGGGCUUUUAUACAAUUCUGCCGUAAAGGUGCUGUCUUGGGGGUCAGAUUUAACUUUCAGUCUCUUUUAACUGUCAUUCACAAACUAAGAAUAUACCCAAAAAUCGAAAAUACAUCUGGGAAAUGGGCAGGGAUGAUGGGCACAAAUGAGGUGUCACUUCUGAUAACAGUUCAGCUUCACAUUUUCCAUCAACACAUUUGCUGCUUUUCUUACAGUCAUCUACCUUUUAACUAUUUUGGGAAAAGUUACUCAGCUUUGCAAUGAAUGUCUAGUUCUGGGGUGGGAAAUCUUACCCAGAAAGGGACACUGUAUGUAGGUUUUUGCUGUGACUCCCUAAUUAUAUUACUAAUCAGAGGACUGAUUGGCUGAAGAGUUCUCACACCUGGGUUUGGACAGCUGACCUAAAGGUUACCCCAAAAACCUGCAUACACACUGUCCUUUGUGGACAGGAUUGCCCACCCCUGGUCUAGGAAGUGUAAAAGGUGCCUUAUUUGUCCCAGAAAGUCAUUUUAAUGAGUGAUGCUUGUUUAUUAUAAUUCACUGUAGGGGAACUAGUGCUUGAUCGUGGAAAUAGCAAGGUUUCCUUUAGAUGGUGCCUUUUCAAAAUCAUAAUCAUAUCAGAAUUAAACCUCUUAAAUGUGUUAUUCUAGAGAGGUAUAUUUUAAUAAACAAAAAGUUACCUCUGCCCCCCCUCCCAAAUUCAUAUAUUUUUUACUGCACAAUAUUUACUGUUGGUUAUAUGCAUGUCAUUCAGUACAUAUUAUAGCAUCUAAAGUCAUUCACUGUCCAUUUACCUGUAUUGUUAUUUUUUGCAGUUUUGGCAGCAAUUUAUACCGGUAGAGCAAUGAAGUAACUUGAGUUUAGCACGUAUUAGAGGGUGGAGACAGGCGAGCAGUUCUUUAAUCAAGUCGGGAUUCCUUUUUAAAUAUCUUAAGAUGUUUAGGAUAGAAUUUUUUGGAGUAGUAUAUAAUGAAAAUAUUUUCUGCCAAGUAGGAAACAAGCCUGUAAGAAUCUUCCAUUAUUUUAUAUCUACAGGAUGACAGCUGAGAGUAAAGGCCUUUUGUCUUGCUUAUUUUGCAUGGAAAUUUACUCUCUGUUAAAACUAUUAAACAAUUUUUUGAAAAAGGA